CCGGGCCCCGGCAGCCAGGCCGCGGCUCCCCCCGGCGGCGCUCGCUCUGCCCAGCCCGGAGCGGGAGCGGAGCUCGGGUUCGGGUCCGGAUCCCGCCGCCCGGCCAGCAGCGCUCCUCGGGCCGCCCCCGGGCCGCGGUGAGGGGCGAGCUCCGGGCCGGGACAAAGGGCCAUGGCCGAGCGGGCCGCUGCCCAGGAUCAGGAGUGGGACAUGGAGUCCCAGCAAUGGACACCUUUCCAGCCCUCUACUGUUCCUCAACAACCUUCUGCUAAAGAGACAAAGCCAAACUCUGCAGAGAUUUCGCUGUGGACUGUUCUAGCUGCAAUUCAAGCAGUGGAGAAGAAGGUUGAUUCUCAUGCCACGCGGUUACUGAACCUGGAGCGUAGAACAGUGACAACAGAAAAGAAAUAUUUUGACUGUGAGAAAACGGUAGUGGAUUUUGGGAACCAAAUGGAGAGUAAGUGGGCGGCGCUGGGAACUCUGAUCCAGGAGUACGGGCUGCUCCAGAGGAGGCUGGAGAACAUGGAGAACCUGCUGAAGAACAGGAACUUCUGGAUCCUGCGACUCCCCCCAGGCACUAAGGGGGAAAUCCCCAAGGUCCCGGUGGCAUUUGAAAACGACUCUGUUUACUUCUCUGAGCAAGAAUGGCAGAACUUAGACGAAUGGCAGAAAGAGCUUUACAAGAACGUGAUGAAGGGGAACUACGAGUCUCUGAUCUCGCUGGACUAUGCACUCUCCAAACCUGACCUUCUGGCGCGGAUUGAACGAGGGGAAGCGCCCUGCGAGGGGGAGGAGGGAGAUGUAGAGGAGAGCGAAAUCCCUGCAGAGCCCAGCACAGAAUCACUGGUGUAUACACCGGUCGCGACCUGCCAGAGUGAAGGCGAGGAAGAGCCGUGCAUCAAGGGACAGGAGAACUCGGAGGAAAGAGAGAUCCCGGCUGAACCCCCAGUCGAGUGCGCGUUUUCCGAGCCAAGCUGUGUGUCCCGGGUAAAGCGAGAGGAGGAGCUGUGUGGCGAGGAGCAGGGGCCCUCGGAGGAAGUGGAAAUAUUCUCAGAGCCCAGCACUGAUUAUGCAAUUUCCCAACCUGACAUUUUAUCCUGGAUUGUACAAGAGGAAAAGCCAAGCGUCAGGAAUCCAGGAGCCUUGGAGGAGCGAGAAAUGCCUACGGACCCUGGGCCAGAUUAUGGGAUCCUGAUCAAAACUGAGCAAGAGGAAUGCCCUGCCAUCCUGGAAGCACUUGGAACGUUAACAGGAACGUCCCAGGAGGACGUUGGGCAGGGUCCUGAGGAAGGUUGGUGCGGUGCAGUAUCACAACUGAAGAACCACCCCGGAAGGAGAGGACCAGCUCAGCUUGAAAGAUGUUUCAGCAACAACAAGCCAGUCGCCAUUCACCAGAGAAAGUCUGCCAAAGACAGGCCUAAUAAGUGUGCCGAGUGCGGGAAAGGCUUUAGGCUAAAGAAAAGCCUUAUCAUUCACCAGAGGAGUCACACCAGAGCAGGACCCUAUGACUAUCCGAAAUGUGCAAAGGGCCUCAGUCACAAGCAGCAGUACCUGCUGCACCAGAGAGUCCAGGCAGGCGAGGGAGCCGGCAGCUUGCCAGACCAUCAGCAAAGCGUGCCACAGAUGCUCAGUCUCCAGUCUGACCCGGCAAGAGGCAGAUGCUGUCCAAGCACGGAGUGCGAUAGCAGCUUCAGUCCGAACUCCAGCCUAAGCAAUCCUCAUCUCCUGCAGGCAGGAGAGCGGCUGUACGUGUGCACAGAGUGCAGGAAAAGCUUCCGGCUGCACAUCAACCUCCUCAUACACCAGAGAACCCACGCCGAGAAGUGCCAAGGGCCCCUUAUCUGUCCAUACUGUGAGAAAUGCUUCAGUCGCUCUUCCCACCUCAUCCGACACCAGAUGAGCCACACGGGGGAGAGACCCUAUAAAUGCCCAGCAUGCGAGAAGAGCUUCACGGAUAAAUCCAAGCUCACCAACCACUACAGGAUCCACACCGGGGAGCGGCCCUACCACUGCAAGGAGUGCGGCAAGAGCUUCAGCCGCACGCACCAUCUCCUGAAGCACCAGCAGAUCCACACAGGCGAGAAGCCGUAUCACUGUACCCAGUGCCCAAAACGCUUCUCACAGAAGCACCAUCUCCUGGGGCACCAGCGUGUUCACACUGGGGAGCGCCCCUACCAGUGUACGGAGUGCGUCAAAAACUUCACACGGAAGCAGCACCUCCGUGAGCACUGGCGGGUCCACUUGAGAGAGCCCCCGAGUGCUCCGAACACUUUAGACAUCAGCGGACUCUGAAAUGUCACCUGGGAGAACAGGAUCCACUGAGGGCCUGAGUAUAAUCAGCAGGCUAGUCCGUGGAGAAUGGGUUGGCAGUGGGGGGAGACUUAUAGGCUGGUAUCUCUUUACAAUGAAAGCGUUGCGAACACAGAAAAAGGAACCAAUGAAGAAGAAAUGAAAGCCUGAUCCUGCAGGUACUGCAUUCACCUUGCCUUCAGUGAGCUGUAGGCCAGGGCUAGCAGUAUUGGACCCUUAACCGGCAGUGAAAUGUUCGCUAGUGUGCUGUAACAUUUAUAAAGCAUUCCUUUUGAAACACUUGAUAUUGUUAUGACAAAGAAAUUCCCUGUAU